CAGCCAAAAAGAAGAAAACACGUUAAACUUGACGUGGACUAAAGUAGCUGGCCCACUCUACAAAAUAAUAAUGUACUAGAAAUUAUAAAUAUUUAACCAUUUAAACUUAAGAAAUACGUAAGUUUCAGAAACUGGAUGUGUUUUUGUAAUAGAAAAUGGCUCUAGUUAUCAAGAUGUGUAGAAUAUUAUGUUUGGCGUUGUUACCAUUACUUCUGAGUCAGAAUGUGGAUGCAGCCGCAGUAAUAUCCGUAGAUUUCGGAUCGGAAUGGAUGAAAAUUGGUAUCGUGUCACCCGGAGUGCCCAUGGAGAUAGUACUCAAUAAAGAGUCAAAGAGGAAAACACCAGCUGUGGUUGCAUUUCGAGAUGAUGUGAGGACAUUUGGGGAAGAUGCUGUGACAGUUGGUGUACGAUUUCCCAAAAAUUCUUACAAAUACUUAUUGGACCUACUUGGAAAGCCAUAUGACCAUCCUUUGGUUCAAGCAUACAAAGAGAGAUUUCCCUAUUAUGAAAUAGCACCUACAGAUAGAGGUACCCCUGAGUUCAUUCAUGAUGAUAACACUAAGUACACACCAGAAGAGCUAGUGGCUCAGCUUUUGGCUAAAGCCAAGGAUUUUGCUGAAAUUAGUCACGGUCAACCAAUAACUGAAUGUGUGAUCACAAUCCCUGGAUAUUUCAACCAAGUUGAACGAAGGGCUAUGAAAGAAGCUGCAUCUCUUGCUGGAUUGAAUGUAUUACAAUUGAUCAAUGAUUAUACAGCUAUUGCAAUCAACUAUGGUAUAUUUAGGCGAAAGGAGAUCAACGAAACAGCUUGGCAUGCACUAUUCUUUGACAUGGGUGCUGCAUCAACCAAGGCUGCACUUGUUGAAUACAGAACUGUGAAGAUUAAAGAGAAGGGCUAUGUUGAAACGGUGCCCCAAUUACAAGUCAUUGGUGUGGGCUAUGACAGAACUCUAGGAGGACUAGAAAUGACAUUGCGAUUGAGAGAGCACCUCAUCAAAGCCUGGGAGGCAAAUGGAGGUGGUGAUGUUAGAGCUUCACCUCGCUCUAUGGAGAAACUAUUCAGGGAGGCUGAAAGGGUGAAGAUUGUACUCUCUGCUAACACUGAACAUUACGCCCAGAUUGAGAGCUUGCUGGAUGACAAAGACUUCAAACAUUUGGUGACACGCGCCGAUUUCGAAGCUCUCUGCUCUGACCUGUGGCCGCGCGUGUCUGGCGUCAUCCAGCGCGCGGUGGCGGCGGCGGCGGGCUCUGGCAGCGGCGCGCGACUCAUAGUUGCCGGAGGGGCUUCCCGCGUGCCCGCUGUGCAGGAAGUGCUGAGGACGGCAGUGGGACUCGAACCUUCCCGCUCCAUUAAUGCUGAUGAGGCGGCUACACUUGGCGCUGUCUAUAGGGCGGCAUCACUUGCUACCGGAUAUAAAGUUGCGGCAUUGAACGUACGCGAUGCUGUCAUCCUUCCUAUUCAAGUUGUAUUUACUCGACAUGUUGAUGGCAAUGACAAAUUGAUUAAGAGAACACUUUUUGGACCCAUGAAUCCCUACCCACAGAAAAAGGUUAUAACUUUCAACAAACACAUGGAUGACUUCUCUUUCAAUGUGAACUAUGCAGAAUUGGAUCAUAUUCCUUCUAAUGAACUUAAAAGUAUUGGAACCUUAAAUUUAACACAAGUUGUACUAACUGGCGUUCGUGAAGCACUGGUGAAAAAUUCAGGAGAAAAUAUAGAACACAAAGGCAUUAAGGCACAUUUCAAUUUAGAUGAUUCUGGAGUUCUCAAUUUAGUUAAUGUAGAAUUUGUUGCUGAGAAAACUGUAACUGAGGAAGAUGAAGACAAGGACAGUACUUUGUCUAAAAUUGGUAGCACUAUUAGCAAGUUGUUUGGAUCCGAUUCUGAAUUGCCCGAAAAAGCUGAAGAAAAAACCGAAGAUAAACCAGAUGAGCAACCACAUGAAGCCGAAAAGAAUGAGACAGUUAAAACAAACGAAACAACCACAGACAAACAGAAUACUACUGAACCUGAAAGCAAACCAAAACCUAAAAUUGUUGUUUUGAAAGAGCCCAUCAAAGCCCAGGAAGAAAUUUUAAAUUUGGAACCUCUGUCUCCGGAAGAGUUCAAGUUAUCAAAAACAAAAAUAACAGAGUUAAAUAAUAUUGAUAAAAAACGAAUUGAAAGAGAAACAGCCCUCAAUAACUUGGAAGCAUUCGUUGUUGACGCACAGAUGAAAAUUGACACGGAAGAAUAUUCCGAAUGUGGAACACCGGAGCAGAUCGAAGAAAUAAGAAAAAUAUGUACCGAAACGUCGGAAUGGCUUUAUGAUGACGGGUAUGAGGCGCCAACUGAAAUGUAUGAAGAGAAAUUGUCUUUACUAAAAGAAAAGACUAAUCCCGUAUUCUACAAACAUUGGGAACACAGAGAAAGGCCAGAUGCUGUGGCCGCUAUUCGUAAUCUCCUAAAUAGCUCGAAGGAAUUCCUUAAAAUGUCCAAGAACUAUACUAAAGAAGCAAAUGCAGAGAGGGACGUAUUUACUGACGUGGAAAUUACUGUUCUUGAAAAGAAAAUUGAAGAAACCGAAUCAUGGCUCCAGAAAUCUAUCGAGGAACAAAAAGCAUUGAAGAAAAAUGAGGACAUUAAAUUGACGGUUGAUAGCAUUCGAGAAAAAAUAACCAAUUUGGAUAGAGAAGUUAAGUAUCUAUUGAAUAAGAUGAAAAUAUGGAAGCCGAAAAAGCCAGCUAAGAAAGAGACUGAAAAUAAAACUGAGACAGUCAUUGAUCCAGAAGAGAAUGGCUUAAACGGUCAAGAAGAGAAAACUGUAGAACAAGAAGAAAAACCAGUGACAGAACCAAAACAAGAGGAAGACUCCGGCGGUGAGGAGACAGAAAUACCGCAAAUAGGUGAAGAAAAUGUUGAACAUUCCGAGUUAUAAUAGUGAUGUGUGGAAUAAGUUAAUUUAUUUAGUCUAAUUUAUUUUUUACUUCAAAACUUAGGUGUGGUGUGUUCCCUUUUUGUACUGAAUUUAACUGAAGCACAACUUUAUAUGUACUUUGAUGACUUUUCAUCAACAACUUAUUGAAUUUAUAACAUAGCUAGUUGUUCUACAUGGCUUAACCUAAUUACAUAAUAAGUAUAAGUUUUUAUUCAUGUGUAUCUCUCAAAUAAUUUAGAAUUUCAGAUGCUAUCAAUUAAGUUCACUACUAUUACAAAAUAAUAUUUUUAUGUGAUAAAUUAGUGCAAAAAGCGAACGUGUCAUUUAAUAUGAAACCUAAAAUCUCAAAAUGAAAUAACCAUAAAUGAUUUUCCUACUUAUAAAUUGACAAUUAGAAAAUAAAAAUAUGUUUACAUUCUAUAAAUUAUUUGUUGGACAUCCUUGCAAAAAUAAUGAAAAACAAAACGUCUAGAGCGAACUUUUUGAACUCUUAUAAUCACAUCAUUAAAUCUAAAAGGAUCUUAAAGAAUACUUACGAGAUUAAUUGGGUUAGGGAUCGUUUGCAAAGUUACGGCUAGACGUGUGACGAGUUUAAAUAACAACAGAGAUUGGCAAUCACCUGAUUAUACAUCUGUGACCGCAGCUUUAUAAUAAAUAUUAUUAUAAAGCUGUGUGCGUCACAGACGGUUCUUAGCGUGUGGUUGCACUAGUUGGUCCUAAAUUGUUGAUUGGUGCUAACUUGCAAAGAUUAAAAAAAAAACAAAUGAUUUUUAGUGUGUAAAGUAGUUUGAUGUUAUCAUGUCGCAUUUUUGAUUAUUUAUUAUAACGUUUUUAUGGUCUAAGUUUGUUAAUUGAAUUGUUGCAUCGGAUUCUUAUUCAAACAUAUUCAGCAUUGACCCCAAAAUGAACACGAGAUUACAAUAUUUUAUGAAUGUAAAUUUUUUUGUGAUAUGUAUAAAUAAAAAGCUCUUGGAAGUGGAUCGUUCGGUUUUAUCUGAUAUUGGCUUAUAUAAAUGAAUUUAAAUUACUAGUACUGAAAUAUUCCUUAGGUAAAAAGAAAAAGUAUACUACGUCAUUGGGUAUUGUUUCUGGUAAUGAGUUAUCGGAAUCGUAAGUGAUAGUCGACGGAAAGUUCUCGAAAAGGCAUAAAAUAGUGUUGUUACAUGUCUAAAGACUUGUAUUGAUUACUACUUCACACCUCAGGGUCGUAUCUUGAAAUGAUAUAUAUGUAUAUCUUCCGUAAAAAUAGAGCAAAUCAAAAAAGGGAUAAACAUCGGACUUGUAUUUCUUUAUUGGAUCCUAUAAUCACAGUAUGCACUUCCUGAGAAUACCGCGUUCAACCUUGUGUGAUUCAAAUAGAAACUCCCUUUUUUUUCUACUACUGAACUGACAAGUUGAAUUUUCUACUAAAAAUGCCAAUCAUUUGGAAUUUUUAGUAGAAAAUUAAGUUAUUGUAACAGCUCUACAAUGUCAUCUCGUUAACUUUAAGGAUAGCUUGGAAUGUAUAUUUUGUCUUGUAGUAGUAUUAGCUAAUCAAGUGAAAUAUUUUACGAGUACCAGGGAAACGUUUUGUAUGGUGUUAUAUAAAGAUGUGAGAUAUGUUCAAAUACCCAGUCGCAUAUAAAGAUAAAAUAAAUUGAUAAAUGAAC